AUGGCCACCGCUGCUGCGACAUACGCUACUGUUAUCAACCCUCCACAGCCCGAGAUUAUUGAAAUCCUCUCGGACGACGAAGACAUCAUCGUUGACUUGACACUAGAUGACAGCGACGACGACGACGACGAUAUGGUGGAAUUGGAUGCCGCUUUCGCCAAAUUGAUGGACAAGGAAGAACAGUCGGUCCGUCAAAGACAACAUAAACAAGUUGAGAGUGACCAACGACUUGCAAGAAGCCUUUUGGGCAAGGAUGACUAUGCUAGAUUGUUACAAGAGCAGCAAGACGCAAAUUUCGCAAAGAGUAUCACGUUGGACGACAAUGAAGAGUCAAGAAGUGCACAUUCCAGUCAAGUGACAGUCGACAACGACAAGAAGCUACCAUGGCCACGCAAGAAACCAGUCAAACCAAAGCCAAAGCCAACGGUCAAACCUCCACCAAAGCCAACGAUCACACCCAUCGGAACCUUGCACUACAAUGUCGUAGCUAUCCCUCAGACAAACGAGGAUCCUUUCCAUCCAGUACCACCGGAAGAGUUGAUAUCAUGUAAAGACGAAUGCCCCAUUUGUUUCGAAGUUUACUCGAAGGAUGUUGUGGAAAUGAAUGUCUGUCGCCACCGAUUUCACAAGGAUUGCAUCGAUACAAUGUGCCAUCUCUGCAGCGUUUCUCACGAAGAGCCCAACAGAGGCAGGAGUCCUUCUGGUACCAUGUCCAUCUCUGUUUCUACCGGUACAUGUUGUAGCGAUUGCAGUGGCCAUGCCGGUGUAGGAUCGAUCCAAGUCACCUACAGCAUCAAUGGUGGUGUCCUUGGCCCUCACCAUCAGCAGCCAGGUGCUCCCUUUGCACGCUUGAGCCAUGUUACCAUGCUACCAAACAAUACCAAGGGUCGGGCUCUGUUGAAGCGCAUGGAGUAUGCCUUUGAACGAGGCCUCUCGUUUGAUGUUCCAAGCAAUCGUCCAUCCGGUGCCCUUGCAAUCUACACUGCUGCUUGUGCCAACCAUGUCGACAGCUUGACGGCUACUCUACAAUCCUGGUUAGACCCCCACUUCAUUGAGAAAUGCCACGAGACAUUGGAUAACCUGAAAGUCCCCGCGGCGCUGGUUCUUCGGCAUUCCCACAACGUUUCAUUCGACCAGCCAGCUCGCUCGGUAGAUACCGGUAGCUAG